AUGCCUCUCAUGGCAGGGUGGGCCACCCUGGCUCGGGUUUGCGACGAUCGCGGGCAGGCUCAGGGAGCGGAGAUGCUCGAGGUCGCGAAGCCGCACCUGCAGGACGAUGGCGGCCGGUUCUGCAAAGGUAGCCACAUCGGUGCCCGCAACCCGUACUUCAGCGGGUGCGCUGUUGCCGUGGGGCAACCAUUCGCCUGCGCCGAGGCCUCGUCGGAAGCGGAUUCGUGGCCCCGGCCCGGAUCUGCGCGUGGCGGAGCUGGGCGCGAAGCGGCGGGCGAGGGCGCCGGAGCGACAGACGGCCAGAAGCGCCGUGCGGCCGCCAGGCGAGCUGCAAGAGGGGGCCUCGACGACGGCGGAGAGAGCGAGAACGCGUGUUCGGAUUGGCGAGAACUUUGCAAGGGUGUCGACAACCGGGUCGCCCGCUGGUAG